UUCACUUCAACCAACUUUUUAUCUUCUCGAUUCUCAAAAAAAACUUUUUAUCUUCUCUUACCAGCCUUCUCCUGGGGUGAGGACCGAGGACAUGCAAGAGAGUUCUCUUUAUCUCUCUUGUUUCUCUAGAGAUGCCAGUGCCACCGGCACUUCCGGCGAGGUAUUGGCGGCAAUAACGACGUUUCAGGCAGCAAGGCACGAGGCGGCGACAUCUAGAUGAUUCCGUCGAAGCGUGAGGCGUGGUUGCCGUGGUGACUCCGGAAAGGAGUUUGGUCACCAGCAACGGAAAAGGGUGUACCUUACCAACGGUAAUAUUUAUGUUUGAACUAGAGUGAGUAGAAACCCACCGACUCUCUGAUCUCAUCCCAAAAAUUGAAACCCAUUUCACUCACUCAAAUUGGACAGCAUGAAGUGGCAGAUGAUAGAAACAGAGGAGAGGGAGAGGAGAGAGAGGCAGAGGAUUGAAAGAGCAGAGAGAGCAAAAAUGAGAGAUCAGGGAUGGCUGAUAGAUGUGACAAGUACGAGUCGCCGCCGCCUAUCAUCUGUUCGACAAAAUGCCCACACUAACACUGAUGAUGGCGAAGACAUAAUUAGCAGUCUACCAGACUCCCUCCUCUGCCACAUCCUCUCCUUUCUCCCAAUCCGAGACUCUGUCGCGACAAGCAUUUUGUCAAGCAGGUGGAGGCCUCUCUGGACCCUCGUCCCUAUUCUUCACUUGGACCAGAAACAACUUAUAGAGCCAUACCCUGAUGAAAGGAAUAAAAAAUUUAAGUUUGUGGAUAUAGUGCUAAGAAUCUGGACUCUUCGAAACGCCAUUUCCAAUCCCACCCCCCCACUACACAAACUGUUCAUUCAUUGGUAUCACUAUUGCCUUCCCUUCUAUGUUGACACAUUGGUCCGUGCCGCCAAUCUGCGUGAUUUGCAAGAGCUUGAUCUCCAUUUAUGUAAUUAUCAUCCUCAUCAACCUUUGGAGUUGCCCCGUAGUCUCUACUUUUCUACAACAUUGGUGGUUCUGAAAUUGGGGGCUGAUAUUCGUCUCAAUCCUCCUUCUGCUUGUGUGUUCCCUUGUCUCAGGAUUCUACUACUAAAAUGUGUUACAUUUGCAAACCGCGACUCUCUCCCCACCAUCCUCAAUGCCUGCCCGGUCCUUCUAGAUUUGUCCCUCCAUGUGGUUGAUAAAUAUUUGAAUAAUUUAGACGAGUUCAAUGUCAUUGUACUUGUAGCUACACUGAAAAGAUUACAUUUACAUUGGAAUGUUCAUCCUUCGUCGAAGUACAUAUUCCAGAUAAACACCCCAGCUCUCGAGUACAUUCAUUUCAGAGGUUAUUUGAACAGGGAUGAUGUGUUGGAAAAACUCCCAGAUGUGGUUGAAUGUGUCAUUCAAAUUGAGGAUUGUGAGAAGAGUGAUGAUUAUGCAAAGAGAGUAUGGGACUUCAUGGGAAAACUCUAUAAUGUUAUAUCCAUGGAAUUGAGCAUAAUUACCGCACUGAUCCUCUUCCAAGGUUCUAAUCAUGAAGAUAUUCCCACAUUUCAUAAUUUGUCCUCCUUGAAGUUUUGUGGUGACCUUUGGUAUGAGUGGUAUGCGUGGCAUGUAGUAUGGCUCUUGCUUUGUUGGGCUCCAGGGCUACAAACACUUGUCAUUGAACAUUCAUCUUGGCUUGGCUAUCUUAAUAAACGUAACCCUUUCUUGGAGGAGCCACUCGAUGUUCCUGAAUGUAUGUUAUCGCACCUUACAACUUGUGUUUAUAAAGGAUUUGGGGGGUAUGAGAACGAGAUGGAACUUGUUAGACAAAUCCUGAAGGCAGCAAAAGUACUAAAGAUAAUGAAAAUUACUGUUUCCAGUUAUCCAAUCUUAGAGAAUAAGCCUCAUUUUCGCAAGGAAUUGAGCAAGUUUUACAGGGGCUCUCAGAAUUGUCAAUUUGUAUUUGACGAAGGACAUUUCAUAUGAUAUGGCAUGUUGGUUCGUCCCUCUUGGAUAUUGCAUGUCACCUGAUUUGCUAUAAUAUCUUGUGGUAUGGCUAUAUGCAUAUGUAAUUAGGUCCAUGUUUGCUUAAUUCAUUUGCUGUUUUUGCCAUGUUGAGUUUAUUCCUAUGGUACCAGGAAGAAUGCUUGAAGAUUUAAUUUGCAUUUGGUAUCUCCUUCAAUUAUGCUAGUUUUUAGUAAGCAUGUUUUUAGUUUGAUAAUUUUUCCCUUGAUACAGCAAAAAAAAGAAAAAAGAAAAAAAAGAAGAAGGGAUUUCUAGAUUGAAGGCCUACGUGGUAAAUUGCACAGAAAACAACUGCAAGACAAUAUAAGGAAAAAGGCUGCUGCUUUUGGACAGCACUUUGGCAGAGGAUAAAAAGAUACAAUGCACACCUUCUCUUCUUUGAUGAAUACAAUGGAUACCUUUUCAGCCUUUUAACAACUAUGUUAUCAAUGUUUUUCAACCUAGUCUGCAAGUUACAUGACUAAAUUCUCAAGGAAAAGUGGAGGGGAUUAGGAGGGAGAAAAAGAAAAUUCAUGGCAUCUUUGUGGCUGAAUGUUAAUGAAACUUCAGAAUUUUCUUGAACUAGUGCAACCCAUACUUAAAGCUUGUUAUUGGGUCUUUACUAAAUUCAAAUGACUAUUGUGUUUACAUGUUUGAUGAGAAGAUAAGAUAUACAAGCUUCUUGUUUCAGUCUCAACCUUAUUAGUUUAGUAAGUGUCAUUUAGUAAAUUCUACAUAAAUUGCAAGCUAGCUAUGAAACCAUUCAAUGUUAAAGGUAUUUUGGACAUAAGCCACACAGUGAAUGGAAAAUGAAUGUAAGGAUUGAAGGGUAGGAUAUGUUAUUGAGAUUUUGAAUUGUAUGAUUUUGAUUUUGAUGGGUAUGAUUUUGAUUUAAAGAUUUGUUCUUUGAUAUUGAGAAUUUUGUGUGAACAGGAGUGUUUGUGUGGUUUUGAGGUAAUGGGGUUUGUGAAAAGAAUGAAAAUUUUUGGUUUUUGUCCUGGGAUAAUGGAUCAUUCUAAUGUGAUAAGGGUUUUGGUGAAAGAAGGGUAGGAGGUUUUGAAUCAGAUGAAAGUAGAUGGGAUUAAGCCUGACAUUGUUUGUUAUACUAUUGCUUUGAAAGGGGUUAUUGUGGAAGGUGAUUUUGGGAAAGCAGAUGAGGUGUUUGAUGAAUCGCUUGGUUUGGGUUUGGUUCCUGAUGUUUAUACUUAUAAUGUGUAUAUUUAUGGUUUGUAUGAGCAGAAUAGUGUGGAAGCUAGGAUUAAGAUGAUUGGUUCAAUGGAGGAGUGACACAAAUAAUUGGAGUUCAGAGCUGAAUAAGGUUAAC